AUGGCAUUGCAAAAGAAGGAAAAUCCUUGCCAUCAUCAACCAGUUGUGGUGAAACAAAAAGAAUUUUUUCAAGAAAUUAAAAGUCACAAAAAUAUGGAAACAACAUACACCGUUGCCGAAGCUGUUGGAGUUUAUGUGAAAGCAGAGUUAAUAAAGUCCUUUGAUGACAUAUCAAUUAUUGGGUUUGUGAUCUUUGUGAUGUACUGGAAUGCCAGCAAAUUCCCAAUAGAGGGCAUUGACACUGUGUUCACAAGUGUAGGGCAAAGUCUUGCAUUUAAUUCAAAAAAUGUUAGCCUGUUACUAAAUGGACCUGGAGCUACAAUGGGUUUUCAAAUAGUUUUACACGCAAACCAAUCUGACUUUUUCAUUCUAAAAGAUUAUUCGUCCGGAUACAAAAUGACUCGUUUGAAACAUCCGCACGGAGACUGCAUCGAUCAAUUAAACUACCAGCAAGUCAAAUGCGAGCAAGCGUGUCUAGCCAGGACAAUCAUCGACAACUGCAACUGCAGACCCAUCUACAUAGAAGAGCUCGUCAAUGACAUAAAAAAAAAUUACAGAGAUGGAAAAUUUGGCGACGUUCAUUGUUUCUUUUGUCCUCCAAUGUGCAAUGAAAUUUACUACCAUGCCUCAGUCACAGAAUCGAAACUUUCCAAUAUUAGCAAAAUAUGGUUGAAAAAACAUUCGCAGCAUCCCUUAUUUACAAACGAUUUCUUAAAUUUAAAAGUGUUUUCCAGUAGCAUGCAUUUCACAAAGUUUACAGAUAUAGCUACUUAUUCUGAGAUAGCGCUCUUGAUUGACAUUGGUGGAGCUUUGGGACUUCUUUUAGGUUCGGCUUUUUUAACUGUUAUCGAAGUGCUGGAAUUAUUGUGGAAUUUAUUUCUUUAUGUUUCUUACAAAACAAAAUUUAAAAUGCGGAAAUCAAAUUCGAACUAA